UGUCUACACUCUCUGAUGUUUUUUUCCUUCUUUUUAAUCAGGUGCAACAACAACAUGAACAGCUUGGUUCUUUCUCUUGCUCCAAAGAUCGCAAAGCUGCAGACUUUAAUACUGCGGCAGGACAAACCACAGCUAGAGGACAAUGCAGUGGAGGCCAUAGCAAAUCACUGCCAUGAGCUACAAGAGCUUGAUCUCAGCAAAAGUUUGAGACUUACCGAUCGUUCCCUCUAUGCACCUGCUCAUGGUUGCCCUGACCUCACAAAACUCAACCUUAGCGGAUGCACUUCAUUCAGCGACACUGCUAUUGCGUAUCUGACCAGAUUCUGCAGAAAGCUUAAAGUUUUGAAUCUCUGCGGAUGUGUCAAUGCUGUAUCUGACUAUGCUUUGGAGGCUAUUGGGAAUAACUGCAGUCAGAUGCAGUCACUGAAUUUGGGAUGGUGUGAGAAUAUCAGUGAUGAAGGGGUAAUGAGUUUAGCUUAUGGCUGCCCAGAUCUCAGGACCCUUGACCUCUGUGGCUGUGUUCUAAUUACAGAUGAGAGUGUGGUAGCUCUAGCAGACUGGUGUGUCCACUUGAGGUCACUGGGGUUAUACUAUUGCAGAAACAUAACAGACAGGGCUAUGUACUCACUAGCUCAAAGCGGGGUAAAGAACAAACCAGGUUCAUGGAAAUCGGUUAAGAAAGGCAAAUACGAUGAGGAAGGAUUGAGAAGUCUCAACAUUAGCCAAUGCACUGCCCUUACACCUUCAGCGGUUCAAGCUGUUUGCGAUACCUUUCCUGCUCUUCACACAUGUUCUGGAAGGCAUUCACUUGUCAUGAGCGGUUGUCUGAACUUGACAUCUGUGCACUGUGCUUGUAUCCUUCAGGCUCAUCGCGCACACAACCCGGUUCCUCAUCCGGCUCACUAAAACAGAAGACUAGAUAGGUUGUAUAUAGAAGCAUCAAUGUUGAGAUGUGAUUAGUAUUAUUAUAAACGAAGUAGCUUUUCAAGGUGAAUGUGAAACCUUAUGGAGCUUUUGAGUUCUUUCUUUGUCUUGAAAGAUAUUUUGGUGCUUUGUUCAUUAAGACCUCUUUGUUACUACUUAUUAGUGAAAUUAGAGUCCCUCUUACAUA